CUAAUUCAUGUAUGUAUGCAUGCAUACAGGUAGGUACCUACCUCCCUGCCUCCCUGCCUCCCUCCCGGCCUACCUUACCUCCUAAGGUGCAUCCACGGGUGCAGUAGGUGCGCAGUGCAUAUCGUCUUCAAAAUCGUCGAGGGUGCGUGUAUGUUCUAUUCUAUCUUUCUCCUUCUCAUAUUGUUGUUGUUGUUAUCAUCUUCACCAUCUCGUCCUAUCCUGCCCUCCCUCUCUCUAGGUUCUCCCUCGCGUCUCCUCUUAUUACCUGAGGCGCAACCUAGUAUUAUUAUUAUUAUUGUUACUUACAUAGGUCCUGCUCACGCACAUACCCAUCUACAAUACACAUCCAUCCACCCGUCCACAUACGUCCAUACAUACCUACCACCUACCUACCUACAUAUACCCUCCAUACGAUAGGUACUUCUGUCCGUCCACACAUCGAUACCUCCUCCUACCUCUACCUAUACAUACACACUCGACCCAGCCCAAUCGCG